AUGAGAAGACUUGGUCAGCUGCUGGUGGUGGUGCGUAAACGUGCGCUCCGGGGUGGAGAUAUCUGGAGACGCGCUGGAUUAGGCACCGACAAGCCUCUGCGCAGCUACAGUGUCUCUGUUCAGCACCAUGCCACGGGCGCACAAGUCUACAUAAUGGCAUGUAGGAGCGGCUGUUGCUGCGGCUCCGUGAACGAGGACAACGCCAGGUUCCUGCUGCUCGCUCUCUUCAUCGUGCUGUACCUGUUGUGUGGAGCCGCGGUCUUCUCUGCGCUGGAGCAGCCCAAGGAGCGAGAGGCCAAGGAGCGCUGGACGCACAGCUUCGAGCUCUUCCGUCAAAAGUACAAUCUGAGCGCAAAGGAGCUGAACAACUUUCUACGGAACUACGAGGAGGCGAACGUAGCGGGGAUACGUGUGGAUACAGUCCGCCCCCGAUGGGACUUCACUGGGGCUUUCUACUUUGUGGGAACUGUGGUCUCAACCAUCGCAAGCCCACACCUACACAUUACAGGCACCCUGGAGUUCUGCCAGUGUUUAACCAUAGUUUUUCUGUGA